AAAAAACUUCGAGUUCGACUUGUAAAUUUGUGAAUACCAUUAAACUUAAUUUUCUUACUAAUCCAGCAUACUAAUUUACAGUUAAUGCAUGUAAAGUAUUUGUUAAAGUCACCAAGAAGUGAAACAAAAUAAGGAAUCACAAGAAAAUCUAUAAAUUGUGUGAAAAUUUCAAUAUAAUUGAAAUAAAAACAAAAACAUUGCCGGCGAUUUGUUAAUUAUGGCAACAAAUAAUGCUGUUACUCGAUCAAACUCAUUUAAUGAGGCAUUUUUGAGUGAAUCGUAUCAAGAUGCCAGUACAAUAAUUACUGAUUUGGACAAAGGCUUGAGAUCUCCAAAUAUUGGUGAGCAAUGUGAAGCACUAGUAAGAUUCCCCAAGCUGUUUGAGAAAUAUCCAUUUCCGAUAGUUAUCAAUUCUAAUUUCCUAAAAUUAGCUGAGUUUUUCCGUGUUGGAUCUAAUUUAUUCAGAUUGUGGGUAUUAAGAGUAUGCGAACAGAGUGAAAAGCACCUCGAAAAAAUAACUAACGUGGAUGAGUUCGUUAAACGAAUCUUUAUGGUAAUUCAUUCAAACGAUCCGAUUGCACGGUCAUUAACUUUGAGAAUUUUGGGUUCUGUUGCUUGCAUAAUUCCCGAAAAGCAACAGGUUCAUCAUGCAAUUCGUCGUGCUUUAGAUAGUCAUGACAUGGUCGAAGUAGAAGCUUCAAUUUAUGCAAGUGCGCAGUUUGCGGAACAGUCAAAAACCUUCGCAAUAAGUAUGUGCUCAAAAGUUGCAUCGAUGAUCGAGUCACUUCAAACGCCAAUUAAUAUGAAAUUACAAUUGAUUCCUGUAUUAAAGUACAUGUAUCAUGAUGCAAAUACAGCUGCAUUAGUUAAGACAUUGUGCAUAAAUUUGCUUCCCAAAUAUCCAUCAGAAAAUUUUAUAUGCGUAACGUUGCAGUCUUUAACGGAGCUAAGUUGUGCAACUUUAGUCGAUAUUCCAGAUCAAGUUAAUUUGCUUAUUGAUUAUCUACAAGAUCCACGACUGAAUGUAAGAAUUCAUGUUCUUCAAUUAUUGCAAACUUUAGCUGAAAAGGGAGCUCACUUAUGGCAAAUUAAUUCAGUCAAUAAUUUAAUAUCUGUCGCUCAAACAACUAGAGGAAAUGGACAGGAAAACAGCAUGAUGUUAAAAAUUAUUUUGACACUCACUAAAUGCCCAUUAAUUGCUGGAUCAAAGAAGGAAGAAGGAAGGAUUCUAGAACUUUGUACUGUAUGUUUUAAGACUGUAAAUCAUAAAACAAGCAGUCUGGCAAUAGAAAUUUUAACAAGUGUUGUGACUUACUGCUACAAUGAGAAAAUUUCACCGCCUCAAUCGUACUUGAAAGAAAUCCAUACACAUCAUGAACAGCUGAUAAUGUCAAGUUUGAAAGACGAAGUCCACAUUCGUGAAUUGACAAUGUACAUUAAGUGUGGCGUGCAAUUGGCGGAGAAGAAUGAGCUGUUUGCGAUGGAUUUUACAAAAUUGGUCGGUAAAAUUUUGACAGAUGAACAGCAAUUGAGCCAAAAACAGUCGGAACUUAUUUGCGAGACUUUAGGGGCAUUAUGUAGUCAUUUUAUGAAAGACAAGUUUCAGCACGUUGCAAAAAAGACAUCAAACGAGACUAUGGAUGUAGAUGAAGUGACAUUAAAUCCAUUUUAUGACCUUUUGCCUAGUCUGUUGAAGAGACUCGAGAAUCUCGUAUGUCCAAAAUUCAAUCCAAAUGAUUCUCAUUUUAUCGAAAUUCUUGCUGCUGUAUGCUUACAAUCGAUGAUGGGUGUUCAUAUAACACAGGACAUGUAUGAUGUAUUUAAGAAAGUCCUUGGAAUUGUGAAUAAUUGGAGUCAAUAUAGAAUAGCUCGAUCAGCAUCUCGUUUUGGACAUCCAUUUAUAGCUACGAAAAUUUAUCAGAAAUUAUCAAAGGAUGUCUCGCAGGAACGUUAUCACUUCUACUUAUCUGGUUUAUCACAAAUAUCUACUGCUGAAUGUAUCCUUAUUUAUGGAUAUGAAUUCGACGAACUUGAAGUGAAAUUCAAUGAAAUUGAGCAUGAUGAGAAUCAAAUGAAUUUGAUACAGCGUCUUGAAAAGUCUGUUGCUUUAUACUGGAAAGCCCUUGCUAAUCUUAAAGCUGCAUCUUCGCACAUCCAUUCAUUAUCAUUUCAAACUGAGUAUGUUUGGCUUCGUGCAUCAUUUUUGGAAGCUUUAUUAUCCGUCGUGAUUGCAAGAAAUACACAAUUCAUCACUCCACCUCCAGCUAUUGCAUCUACAUUCGCACAUAAUACACGCGAUCCAUUACAGAAAUUUGGACAUGUAACAAAUCAAUUUAGGAAGUGUGUAAAGUCUCUGAAAGUAUGUGAAGAUAGCUACUCAAUGCUUUAUAAAUCAGCAUUUGAUGCUGAUCCGUGUUCGUUGGAACAACUUGAGAUCAUGCAACAUAAGUGUGCAUUACUUGGAUAUUCUUUAGAGAAUAUAUGUUUCACGACAUCUCAGGAUCAGGAGAAUUUGAACGUUCCGACACAAGGAAAUUAUCCAGAAACGGCAUUUACAAUGUCAAUUUGUAGAAAGAUUUCAAGAGAAUUUGAAAAGCUUCCGCAGGAACAAAUAAAGACAAUUACAAAUGUCCACACAGACUCGAUGCUUAAACAAAUCGAAAUGGCUAUAAAAGCACCAAUUUGCAUUCCUCGAUUCUUCUUCCAAGUCCAACAAAUCACGUCUAUUAAAUUGUCAAUGUCACCGUAUCAACGAGUAGCUGGCGAAGCUAUUUUAGUUCCAAAUGGACAUAAUUUGGUAGUAAAAGUUGAAGGAGUUAUUCAAAAUGCUGGGGCUAAGCCAUGCCUUUAUAGAUCAAUCGACUCUGUUCAAUUGACUUUAACAUCUCAGUUAUUGACACCUAGACCCGUCGAUAUUAAGCCAAUUAAUGAUGUCAACACAUUAGUGCAAAUCACAAAACCUAAGAGAGAAUUUUUAAGUGCCAAUUUCCUGCUGUCACUAAAUCAGCCAGUUACAAAUGAGGGGAAGCAAUGGCAAGUCACACUUGACGCUAAUAUUAUUGACGAGAAUGGAGUUUUAUGGAAUACAUUAGGGCCAAAGAACACUCUUAUUGUUCGUGUGCCAGCAGAGAAUUCAAUGAACACAAUGGGAUUUAAGAAGUAGUAAUGAUGAUAUCCGGAACCUGAGGCCGUCUUAAUUCACGUUUCGUGUUUCGCAACAACUUUUCACAAUUCUGUAAUGAAAAAUAAGUUUAAGGAAAAUAAAGUAUAAGAUAUUUAAACGAUGAA